CGCUUACACGGUCGGUGUACCUGUCGAUGUCGUCUAUGAAAAACCUCGAAAUAUUUUUGAUGCGUUAUAAUCUAGCACUAGAACCUUUUGAAAUUUUCAAAUUUUGAAGUAUGGUUUAUUAUUCCACCAUGGAAUCAUCCAGCACAAAAAUUAUGUAAAAACUGAUGUGAGAAAUAUUGAACGUGCAGGCUGCAUGCCAAGCAACGCGUUAUCCAUCAAUAUCGAAUGUUUUUCGUCAAUCCAAAUAUCGCGAUAUUUUUCGAAGUCUGCGUCUAUCGGUUUUUCGGUUUGGCUGAUAACUGUCAUAUUUGACAUCUUUGAUAAGUUCUUCUUCGAGUGAAUCAUUUUUGUAAUUUCUUUUGAUUGUAACUAAAAAUUCCACAUUUCCUAUUGUGUAUUUAAGGCCAUCAUCUGUUGACUGCCAAGAAAAGAUAUGGCGAAGAACACCUCUAGUUCGGCUUUCCGCAAAAUUGAUGUGGAUCAAUAUAAUGAGGACAACUUUAAAGAGGACGAAGCGGACGCAAUCUCAGCGACUGUAGGCCCAGAUGAGAACGAAAUAACAACACUCCUCACACAAGGAAAAUCUGUUGAGGCACUGGUUAAUGCCCUACAGAAUGCGCCCUUACGCUGCAAACAUCAGCAAGUAAAGGACAACGCCUUGAAUAUAACGCUGCGUGUGCUGCUCUCUAUCAAGUCAUCACAGAUGGAUCAAGCUGUAGAGGCGCUUGAACAAAACGACUUAAUAGACAUUUUAAUGAAGUAUAUUUAUCGCGGUUUCGAAAUACCAUCGGAAGGUUCUAGCGGACAUCUGUUGCAAUGGCACGAAAAAGCAUUUGCCAAAGGUGGUGUUGGCUGUAUAGUGCGGGUGCUCUCGGAUACGAAUCGAGCAUAAGCUUUAUUCGUAAUCGAACAUAAACUUAGACUUAAGUGAAUGAAAAGAGCAAACAAAAAGCAAACAUUUGGGCUAUUAAUUCUAAUACUUCCAUAGCAGUACUGAUAUGAAUAAUUAUUUGAAACUAUUACAUUCAAAUAUGUUGGUUAUUAAAAAAAAUGUAGCAAUUCACUGGCGUAUUUUGUUGCAAUUGUUAUUGUGCAAGUCGUACUGCAUGAGUUUGCAUAUGGAAACCGGUGUGUCUGAGCCUGUCGUAGUCAAUAUGUUUAUCAUGUCUUUUUUUUAUUUGUAACGCUACACUUCAAACCAGAAAAGAAAUUGUUCAUGUUUAUUUUUUAAAUAAAAGUAUUAAAGUGUUCAUUUUCACUACAUA